AUGAAGAUACACAGCCUUGCCCUCCUCUCAUUUCUCCUCCUGGCUGCUCAAGUGCUCUCAGCAAAGGUCAGAAAUGGAACAAAGAAUAGACAGGGCAGCAUACCAGAAGGAGAUCCAUCAGUUCCUCUGGGCAAGGGCCAGAGUAAGCAGAGAAGCAGAACAUCCAAGUCCAUGACCAAUGGCAAGUUUGCCACCAAAGAUCAAGCUUCCUGCAGAUGGUCAGUGACUGAGCAGGAGCUGGUCAUCACCCUGAAAGUGGAGUGCACUCGAAUGGACCAGGAGUUUUCUUGUGUCUUUGCCGGAAAGCCAACUAAGUGCCUCAAGCUCAAUAAUGAGAAGGCCUAUUGGAAACAAAUUGUCCGGACGCUGCGCAAACAGAAGAACUUAUGUGAGAACUCCAAGAGUGUCCUGAAGACCAGGGUGUGCAAAAAGCAGUUUCCAGAAUCUAAUCUCAAGUUGGUAAACUCCACUCUGUAUGAAAACAUGAAGCCCAGAAAGGAGAAAACAGAGCUGUCCCCCAAGGAGCAUAUUGAGGUCACCAGCCCUUCCGCCCUGGAGCCAAAUGAGGUCAAAGAGAACAUCCAGUCCAGCCCAGCAGAGACUCAGACUGUGGCCGUCAAAGGUCCAGAGUGUAUGGAGGACCCAGAUGUGGUGAACCAGAGGAAGACUGCCCUGGAGUUCUGCGGGGACUCCUGGAGCUCCUUCUGCAACUUCUUCCUCACCAUGUUUCAGAGCACAACAUGUUAA